AUGCACCCCUUGGGGCCGCGCGAUGCCGCGGGAUGCCCGGCUCCCUCCCCGGCCCCGCAGCCGCCCGCAGCCAACCCGUACCUGUGGCUGGGCGGCCCCGGCGCUCCGUGCCCGCCCUCCGGGCCCGAGCGGGGCUGGCCGCAGCGGGGGUGGCCGCCGCUGUCGCCGCUGUCGCCAGCCCGGCCGCCCUACUCGUACUGGCUGAUCGCCAUGGCCAUCCACAGCGCGCCCGGCCGCCGCCGCACGCUCAGCCAGAUCUACCAGUUCGUGGCCGAGAACUUCCCCUUCUACCGGCGCGGCGGGGCCGGCUGGCAGAACUCCAUCCGCCACAACCUGUCCCUCAACGAGUGCUUCAGGAAGGUGCCGCGGGGCGAGCACGAGCCGGGCAAAGGCAGCUACUGGACGCUGGACCCCAACUGCGAGAAGAUGUUCGACAACGGGAAUUUCAGGAGGAGGAGGAAGCGGCGAGCGGAGGCGGCCGGAGCGGCGGAGGGGGCCGGGGGCAGCGGUGGGGACCAGCGGGUGGCACGGCCACCCCCGCCCGAGGCCACCGCCCGCUACGGGCACGCCGUGGGCCAGGCGUGACCGGGCUCACCCCCAGCUGAAGCCGGGCACGGGAGAGGGAUGGUUUUGUACCGCAGAAAUGGUUUUCAAGGAAGAAGGCAUUCACAAAUAACUUCUGUUUCCUUUUCCAAGCGAGUGGGAUCCUGUCUCAGGGUCUGGAGUGGGAUAUUCAUUCCCUGAGGAAUGGGCACAUAUUUGGAAGGAUGGAGAAACUCCUGCCUGGCAGAGCUGGAGGACCCUUCCCAAGCCCCUGGGAAGACACUGGACCUCAGAGCUGGGCAAGAAAUGAUGUCACUGAACCCUCAUUUCCUUCUGCUCCAGGACAAAAAGCUCCAGAUCGGACUGUAAGGGCCAAAUUCCUGAUUUUCCCCUUGGGAUUGUUCUCCCCUGGGACAAAAUGCCCCUGCAGGACCCUGGAAAUGCAGGAAAGCAGAACCCCAGGAGGCUGCAGGUGCUUCAGACUGCCCCAGAGAGUUUUUUGCUGGCUCACCUGGAUCCUGGGGCAGGGAAAUCCAUGGAUAACUCAGAGAAAGGACCACACUCCACUCCAGAGCUUUUCCAGGGACAGUUUUAGGUGAUGGUUCACUGUGUACAUGGAGGCCACCGUUCGUAUUUCUCUGUGCUUCUCUUGUGCUCUGAUUCUAUUUUUGUGUACGGGA